ACAACUUAACUUGUUUUCCAGAAAUGUAUAUAUGUUAAAUAUCUAAUUUAACAUUAUUUAUAAAAGGCACCUUCUGUUUACUUUGCGCUUUAACUUCUCUGCUUCUACAGUUCCUUUAAUGGUGAAUUGUUGCUCUUUAUGUUGUUGCAGAUUGAAGAUGAGCAUUGUUGGUUGGUUGAAGUUAGCAUAAUUUCAUUUGAGAUACACAUUUCUUGUUCAAAAUCUACACAUUGAUGGCUGCUAUCAACUUUUCAACUUUGAAGAGACCCCUUAAUUCCUCUUUUGAAUUAGCAAAUCAGAUUGAUGUCAGACCUUCAUAUGCUUGCAUUAAUGGUAAUCUACAAUUUAGAGAACCCACCUAUUCAAAAAAUUAUGAUGCCCCAAAAUGUUUUAAAAUAAGGGGUACACAUUCUGCUAGUGUGACCAGUCAUGUUACAUCAUAUCUCACUGAUAAUAAAAGUUUGAGGGGAAGUAAAUCAAUUUUUGUGACUAGCCCCAUUUGGAAUAAUCGAUGGUAUUCGUCGUCUGUUAGUAGUAACAGAGAUACUCCUAAAGGUUCAGAAGUUUCAACUGGUGCAAGUGCAAGUGGGUUUGUUAUGGAUACAGGUGAUGUAAGUGGAAGUGAGUGGGUUGGAAAUAUUAAGGAAGCUUGGCGAACUGCCGUAGAUGCUGUGACUUCUACGGGGGGAAAAGUGAAAGAGGCAUCUUCGAAAAUGACUCCUUAUGUUGAAAAUGUGCUUGAUGCACACCCUUAUCUAAGAGAUGUAAUUGUUCCUGUUGGUGGUACCUUAAUAGCUUGGGUGGUGCUUCCAAGACUUUUGAGGAGAUUUCACGAGUAUGCGAUGCAAGGAUCAGCUGUUUUGUUGCAUGGAAACUCCAUAUGGGGGAAGUUUUCUUAUGAGAAAAGUAUUUGGGGUGCUAUGGAGGAUCCCAUUCGAUAUUUAAUCACUUUCAUGGCAUUUUCACAAAUUGCUGUGAUGGUGGCACCACACACUAUUGCGUCACAAUGCCUUCUCCCGACUUGGAGAGCUGGUUCUAUUCUUUCAUUUAUCUGGUUUCUACAACGAUGGAAAACAAAUGUGAUCAGCAGAGCUUUGGUUGUCAAGGGUCUUGAAGUAGGUGAGCGUGAUCAGUUGUCGACUUUGGACAGAAUCUCUUCCAUUGGCCUCUACAUCCUUGGGUUAAUGACUUUAGCUGAAGUUUGUGGAGUAGCUGUACAAUCUAUUUUGACCGUUGGUGGAGUUGGAGGGGUGGCUACUGCUUUUGCUGCUAGAGACAUCCUUGGCAAUGUUCUUAGUGGGCUCUCCGUACAGCUUUCACGACCUUUUUCAGUUGGUGACACGAUAGAAGCUGGAUCAGUGGAAGGUCAAGUGGUUGCAAUGGGGCUUACUAAUACAUCAUUGUUGACUGUAGAAAAAUUCCCUGUUAUUGUCCCAAAUUCACUAUUUUCCAGUCAGUACUCCCUUCUAAUAAAAGAUCCUCGUUCUCAAGGAUUAAACAAGGGAAUCUUGUCUUCAAACAGUUGCAAACACCAUCUCAGGGUCAGGACAAUAAGGAUUGAACAAAUCAAUAGUAGGAGGAUGAAAUAUCUGAGAAGGCACUUCAUAGCAUCUUUUUAACGACGACACAUUAACAGUAGGACAGAAGUAGGCAACAAGAGAAGUGUAAGCCAGCGGACCAACUCUCCUAAUGAUCUGGAAUGGGUCAUAAUACUUAGCACAACCAACUUGUGGGAAGAAUGGUUAGAAAUUGUGGCUUGCUUGUAAGGUGCUGAAAUUUGUAAUACACCCAAUCUCCUACAUCAAAAUGUCUAUCACUUCUAUGAGAGUUGGCCUGUUGUUUCUUUCUUAGCUGAGCUCUCCUCAAGUGAUGCUUCUGCAGUUGAAGUUUAAGCUCUCUAUUCACCAAUGUACCAUCAACUUCAGAAGAAGCUGGUUCACCUGGUAGACAAGGGAGGUCCAAUGGCGGAGGUAUUCCAUAUAGUGAUUCAUAAGGAGUUGUGUGGAUUGCUGAAUGAUGAUAAGUUUUAUACUACUACUCAGCCAUUGGUAAGCAAGAAAACCAGUUGGAAGCAUCAUCAUUGCAAUAACACCUCAAGUAGGUCUCUAGGCAUCUGUUGAGUACCUCAGUUUGCCCAUCAGUCUAAGGGGGAUAUGCUGAAGAAGUAUGAAAGAGAACCCCUUGCUAUAUAAAAAGUUCCGGCCAAAAGGAACUUAAGAAAACAACAUUUAUAUCACUAGUAAUAGCAUCAGGCAACCCAUGUAGCCUAAUAAUUGUGUCCAAAAACACCUUAUCAACAAAUUGAGCUGUAUAAGGGUGUUUGAGUGGAAGAAAAGGACCAUAUUUGUUGAGUCUAUCCACUACCACCAAGAUUAAUUAUUAACCCUGUGACUUAGCCGACCAUCAAUUAAAUCCAUGCUAAUUUGAGACCAAACUACAUUAGGAAUAGGCAACGGUUGUAGUAGGUUUGUUUCGCUGGAACACAUCACGCUUCUGUAUAAAUUCCUUCACCUCCUCUCUCAUAUUCUUCCAAUAGAACAAUGUCAAUAGUCUUUGGAGAGUAGCUUCAACACCUGAAUGACCCCCAUGUGGACUAGCAUGCCAUAAAUUCAAAAUGUCAGUCCUUGAACUCUGCACUUUUCCAAUGACAAGUUUUACCUUUCUGCUCACUUGACCUUGCAUCUAAGUGAACUACCUAUGAAUAUCAGGGUUUGCCUGUAAUUCUUCAAUGAGUUGUUUGAGCUCUUGAUUUGAGCCCAGGUGACUCUUGAAAGUGCACUUGCCACUUUGUUCUCAAUCCCUCUUUUGUACUCAAUAGUGUAAUCAAAGGGCGCCAACUUGGUUAACCAUGAGAGUUGUGAGUUUGUGUGUAACUUCUGCUCCAUUAGAAACUUCAAGGUCUUCUAAUGAGUCCUAUGAGUAUAUGCAAUCCCUUUUUUGAAUGGUACCCUGUAACUUUCAAUGUUGUAUACCCAAAAGAGCCAUUCAAGGCAUGCAUAGAUAUCUCCAUGUGCUCUACUGGUUGAGUUAGUUCUAGAUGGUUAAGCACUUCCUUCAGUAUCUCCACUUCUUAUUCCUCCACUAGAUCAUGUAGUUCAUCAGUUUCUUCUAAGUCUAACAGGUAUAAAUGUUUGGAAUUUUUACACCUAUGUCCAGACAUGUACUUCUCACAACAGAAGUAACAAAGGCCCUUUGACCUCUUUUCAAUUUUCAUUGAUUUCCUCCGGACUCAGUGUCUUUCUAGUCACUCCUCUAGAAAAAUUAGCCCCAGGUGUAGGUAAGAUAGACUUAGCAUGGGUAGAUUUUUGAUCCAUAAACCUCCUUGAAUUCGUGUGGUGUUGUUUGUGCGCUGGUUGUCUAACAACAACUAAAUAAGCCUUGUGCAUUGUUGCAGUUCUUUAGACCCGUGAUAAUGAGGUGGGGCUAGUGAUCUUCACAACAAUGUUUUUACUCAUGUUUGAACCCUCCAAUAAAGCAACUGAUUGCAUUCUCUUGUGACAAAUCACCCUAGUCACAUUAAACACUGACUGAUAUUCCUUAACACUCCCCACUUAUUUGAUCUUUCUUGAUUUCCUCCAUGGGAUCAUCAAAAUCUAUCCCAAAUUUCUCAACCAUAGCCAUCACAUACUCAUUCCAAGUAGUUGGCUGUAAGUACUAUUUGUAUCUCAUGAAAGAAAGAUGCCAUUGGAUGGCUUCUCCUUCCAGUUGCAUUGUGUUGCGUUGCAUCUACUCUUACCUUUUCCUUUGCAGCUACGUUCUCCAUGGAAAAGAAUUGUUCAAUCUUGAACAACCACGAUCUUAAGUCUUCUCCUGAAAACCUAAGGAAUUCCAUUCUGGACCAUCUUGAGAAGUUCGAAUGAUGGGUGUUGUAAUUGGUAGGAUUCAUGGGCCUGUGAAUUCUCCCUUUAGAAUUGUGAAUUCUCUCUUCAGAAUGCCUUGCAGUCUAAGGACCAUCCUGUUCCAUAGGAGGUUAUUCCCUCAUAGAUUCUCGAUAGUGACCAAAUGUUCCUACAAUUACAUGAACCACUUGAUCCAAUCUCUUCACAUUUGUAACUUCCCCUACCAAAGUAUCCAUUUUCUCUGCCAAAUGUUGUAUCAUUUCCUUCAAUUCCCCCAUUUCUAUUGGAAAUUAUCGGUAGACCUUGUUCCUUUUGCCAUUAAAAUCCAAGGAUAGACUGACUCUGAUACUAAUGUUACUCGAUUGCGGGAAUUCUCAAUGAAUUCGAGAAUUGAGUUACUGUUUCAGGAGUAAGUAGUAACCUCGAGGAGACAGUUGAAGAAGAAGAACAAUUAAGAGAGAAGAAGGGAGUUUAGGAAGAGAGAAAAAUUCUAUAUUUCCAUGUAUGAUUGUACAAUGAGUUGAUUACAAGCUAUAUAGUAAUUGAAUGACUGAAAUGUACAACUAUUGAUUCACUAAUCUUACAGAAAUCAGUUAAAACUGCCUAACUGCUUUCACAGUAGUUGUCUAAUAGAAUUAACUACUUUCUGGAAGGCAGAAUCUAACCCUAACUCCUUAAUUGUGUAUAAAACUGUCAGCUCAGUAAACACAAUAAACUUAUAAAGCUAAGGAGCUGUUUAGUUCCAUCUACUCUUCGUCGUUGUUUGGGGAAGUUAUCACUUUUGGGAGAAUUUUUACCUGAGAUCUCUACCUAGUAUUAACUAGCAUGGUCGUGAGUUGCUACACCUAAGUACUAGCUACUAUCCUACUGCAUAUAGAAGCUUUAGAUGACUUAAAGAUGUGCCUUCUUCGUUCAAUAAGGGGUAGAACUGUCCAGAUAUCAGUGUACGAUUAUAUCUUAGUUCCCUUAAAAGGUGUUUUCUCUAGUUUUACUAAAGUGAAGUUAUAACAAGCUACUAAGAAUAUAGUCUAUAAGUGGUUAGGAGGCUGAAAGUGCUUAUUUUUUUAAAGAAGGUGUGGUGUUUUACCAAACCAUUGGGAGAAAUUAAGUGCUUUUGGGGAGUAGCAGAAAUUGUUUAUCAUAAGCUAAAAAAGUAGCUUCCUCUGUAAGCAAUUUUGAGAAAAUACACUUAGAAGCACUUUUUAAAAGCUUAGCCAAACACUUAUUGCUACUCAAAAGUGCUAUUUAAAUUUAUUGGCCAAAUACAUAUUGUUUCUCACCAAAAGUAUCUUUUUUGACAAGUACAUUUCAAAAUAAGUUGAUUCUAGAAGCUCUUCCAAAACAUGCUACUAGGUAUAUCUUGUUUAGCCAAGCUUUUAGGAGGCAAAAAAUGCUUAUUUUAAGAAAGUGAGAUGAUUGGUUAAGAGUCCGCUGCUAAAAACUGGUAUUGUCCAUUUGUCUUUCUAUACCAUUUGAUUCUGUCUUGGCUGUGAUCAUCUGGAGAGCGGCCCUCUAAUUUGGAUAGUAGUUGUAGCAAACUGUUUAGUUCCCAAAAUUGGAAAUUCCUUCUGAACAAUGGUGUCCAUGCAUUAUUUUCCCUGUUCUGGGAGAUAGUAGAGUAUGGUCAGAGGCUAUUGAGAUGAGAGAAGGGAUUCACUUUGGAGAGUAGUGUUCCCUGUCGAUUUGUCCUUCCAAAAUUUAAUUUGAAUGCUAUUACCUGCUUUGUAGCUGCAUUGCUUGGUUAAAAACUUUAAAUCAUCCCACAACUUUUCUAUGUGAGCACAUUCUGUAAGCAACAGAAGAAAAAAGAGGCACCAUACUGCUACUUGUCUAGAAUUAUGACCUUGAAAGAGAGAUUUUAUGCUCCGAUAUUUACUUUUUUAAUAAUUCUCUGUUCCC